AUGAACACGGAGGAGGCAGCCAACACCAUGGUAAACUACUGUACCGCCGUCACUCCAGUCCUUCGAAGCCAGCCCAUCUAUAUUCAGUUCUCCAACCACAAGGAGCUGAAGACAGACAAGUGUCCAGACCAAGCACGUGCCCAAACAGCUCUGCAAACAGCGAAUUCUGUUCAGUCUGGAAACCUAGCGCUGCCAGCCUCUGCUGCAGCAGUAGAUGCAGGAAUGGUGAUGGCUGGCCAGAGCCCUGUCCUGAGGAUCACUGUUGUGAAACUCCUCUGUCCUCUCACUCUAGAUGUUCUGCAUCAGACUUUUUCCAAAUUUGGUACAGUCUUGAAAAUAAUUACAUUCACGAAGAACAACCAAUUUCAGGCCCUGUUACAAUAUGCUGAUCCAACAAGCGCUCAGCGUGCCAAACUGUUUUUACAUGGACAGAGUAUCUACAAUGCCUGUUGUACGCUGCUCGUAGAUUUCUCACAGCUCUCAAGUGUCAAUGUAAAAUACAAUAACAAUAAGAGCAGAGACUAUACACGACCAGACCUACCUUCUGGGGAUAACCAGCCCUCUCUGGAUCAGACCAUGGCAGCUGCUUUUGGUGCCCCAGGAAUAAUUUCCGCUUCUCCAUAUGUGGAAGCUGGCUUUCCUCCUACCUUUGCAAUUCCUCAGGCUGCAG